AGCAACUGUGGUUAUAGCGUGGCCCUGGGGACCAAUGGAUUUACCUGGGAGCAGAUUAACACGUGGGAGAAACCAAUGUUGGACCCAGCUGUGCCCACAGGCUCCUUCAUGAUGGUGAACAGCUCCGGGAGGGCCUCCGGCCAGAAGGCCCACCUCCUCCUGCCCACCUUGAAGGAGAAUGACACGCACUGCAUCGAUUUCCAUUACUACUUCUCCAGCCGCGACAGGUCCAGCCCGGGCGCCUUGAAUGUCUAUGUGAAGGUGAACGGCGGGCCCCAGGGGAACCCCGUCUGGAACGUGUCCGGCGUCGUCACCGAGGGCUGGGUGAAGGCAGAGCUGGCCAUCAGCACCUUCUGGCCACAUUUCUACCAGGUGAUAUUUGAAUCCGUCUCUUUGAAAGGCCAUCCUGGCUACAUCGCUGUGGACGAGGUCCGGGUCCUCGCGCAUCCAUGCAGAAAAGCACCUCACUUUCUGCGGCUCCAAAAUGUCGAGGUGAACGUGGGUCAGAAUGCCACAUUCCAGUGCAUUGCUGGCGGGAAGUGGUCUCAGCAUGACAAACUUUGGCUCCAGCAAUGGAACGGCAGGGACACAGCGCUCAUGGUCACCCGCGUGGUCAACCACAGGCGCUUCUCGGCCACGGUCAGUGUGGCGGACACUGCCCAGCGGAGUGUGAGCAAAUACCGCUGCGUGAUCCGCUCGGACGGUGGCUCCGGCGUGUCCAACUACGCUGAGCUGAUCGUGAAAGAGCCUCCCACACCUAUUGCCCCCCCAGAGCUGCUGGCUGUGGGGGCCACGUACCUAUGGAUCAAGCCGAACGCCAACUCCAUCAUUGGGGACGGCCCCAUCAUCCUGAAGGAGGUGGAGUACCGCACCACCACGGGCACCUGGGCCGAGACCCACAUCGUGGACUCGCCCAACUAUAAGCUGUGGCAUCUGGACCCGGAUGUGGAGUAUGAGAUCCGGGUUCUACUCACAAGACCAGGAGAGGGGGGCACAGGGCCCCCGGGGCCUCCACUCACCACCAGGACCAAGUGUGCAGACCCAGUGCACGGCCCGCAGAAUGUGGAGAUUGUGGACAUCCGGGCCCGGCAGCUGACCCUGCAGUGGGAGCCCUUUGGCUACGCGGUGACCCGCUGCCACAGCUACAACCUCACAGUGCAGUACCAGUACGUGUUCAACCAGCAGCAGUACGAGGCUGAGGAGGUCAUUCAGACCUCCUCCCACUACACCCUGCGGGGUCUGCGGCCCUUCAUGACCAUCAGGCUGCGGCUCCUGCUGUCCAACCCCGAGGGCCGGAUGGAGAGCGAGGAGCUGGUGGUGCAGACAGAGGAGGACGUUCCAGGUGCUGUUCCUCUAGAGUCCAUCCAAGGGGGGCCGUUUGAGGAGAAGAUCUACAUCCAGUGGAAACCUCCCAAUGAGACCAAUGGGGUCAUCACGCUGUACGAGAUCAACUACAAGGCUGUUGGCUCCCUGGACCCGAGUGCCGACCUCUCCAGCCAGAGGGGGAAGGUGUUCAAGCUCCGGAACGAAACCCACCACCUCUUUGUGGGUCUGUACCCAGGGACCACCUACUCUUUCACCAUCAAGGCCAGCACAGCCAAGGGCUUCGGGCCCCCCGUCACCACGAGGAUCGCCACCAAAAUCUCAGCUCCAUCGAUGCCCGAGUAUGACACCGACACCCCACUCAACGAAACGGACACGACCAUCACGGUGAUGCUGAAGCCUGCUCAGUCCCGGGGAGCCCCUGUCAGUGUAUACCAGCUGGUUGUCAAGGAGGAAAGACUUCAGAAAUCACGGCGGGCAGCUGACAUCAUCGAGUGCUUUUCGGUGCCUGUGAGCUAUAGGAACGCCUCCAGCCUGGAUUCUCUGCACUACUUUGCUGCUGAGUUGAAGCCCGCCAACCUGCCUGUCACACAGCCCUUCACAGUGGGUGACAACAAGACAUACAAUGGCUACUGGAACCCUCCUCUUUCCCCUCUGAAAAGCUAUAGUAUCUACUUCCAAGCACUCAGCAAAGCCAAUGGAGAGACCAAAAUCAACUGUGUUCGUCUUGCUACGAAAGCACCAAUGGGCAGCGCCCAGGUGACCCCGGGGACUCCACUCUGCCUCCUCACCACAGAAUCAAGGUUUUAUAUAAAUCUAAUUCUUGUUUAUUUGUCUUUUCUUUUUCCCCCUUUUUGGACAUUUCCUUCAUCUGACUGCCCAUCAAUAUAUAGAAGAAAUGCUUAUUCCUACUCCUAUUACUUGAAGCUGGCCAAGAAGCAGAAGGAGACACAGAGCGGAGCCCAGAGGGAGAUGGGGCCUGUGGCCUCGACCGACAAACCCACCACCAAGCUCAGCACCAGCCGCAAUGAUGAAGGCUUUUCCUCCAGCUCUCAGGAUGUUAACGGAUUCAAUGGCAGUCGCGGAGAGCUGUCCCAGCCCACUCUCACCAUCCAGACCCACCCCUACCGGGCCUGCGACCCCAUGGAGAUGAGCUAUUCCCGGGACCAGUUCCAGCCGGCCAUCCGAGUGGCUGAUCUGCUGCAGCACAUCACCCAGAUGAAGAGAGGCCAGGGCUACGGGUUCAAGGAGGAAUACGAGAAAGAUCUCUCUGAUUACAGUGGAGAGUGGAUUGGAGGGGACAGAUCCAAAGCAAGAGAAACCAGUGAGGAGACCCAUGGGAAAGUAUUUCUCCAGGCCUUGCCAGAGGGGCAGACUGCUUCAUGGGACACAGCCAAGGAGGAUGAAAAUCGCAAUAAGAACCGAUAUGGAAACAUCAUAUCCUAUGACCAUUCCCGAGUGAGGCUGCUGGUGCUGGAUGGAGAUCCACACUCCGACUACAUCAACGCCAACUACAUUGAUGGCUACCAUCGACCUCGGCACUACAUUGCGACUCAAGGUCCGAUGCAGGAGACUGUAAAGGACUUCUGGAGAAUGAUCUGGCAGGAGAACUCGGCCAGCAUCGUCAUGGUCACGAACCUCGUGGAAGUGGGCAGGCACCCAGCGGAACACACUGUGGGAAAUGCCACUCUAGGCCGCGCGGCGUCCCCCGGAAUGGUGAAGUGUGUGCGAUACUGGCCGGAUGACACGGAGGUCUACGGCGACAUUAAAGUCACCCUGAUUGAAACAGAGCCCCUGGCAGAAUACGUCAUACGCACCUUCACGGUCCAGAAGAAAGGCUACCACGAGAUCCGGGAGCUCCGCCUCUUCCACUUCACCAGCUGGCCCGACCACGGCGUCCCCUGCUAUGCCACUGGCCUCCUGGGCUUUGUCCGCCAAGUCAAGUUCCUCAACCCCCCCGAAGCCGGGCCCAUCGUGGUUCACUGCAGCGCCGGGGCUGGGCGGACCGGCUGCUUCAUCGCCAUUGACACCAUGCUCGACAUGGCUGAGAACGAAGGGGUGGUGGACAUCUUCAACUGUGUGCGGGAGCUCCGAGCCCAGAGGGUCAACCUUGUGCAGACGGAGGAGCAGUACGUGUUUGUGCACGAUGCCAUCCUGGAAGCGUGCCUCUGCGGCAACACCGCCAUCCCCGUGUGUGAGUUCCGCUCCCUCUACUACAACAUCAGCAGGCUGGACCCCCAGACCAACUCCAGCCAGAUCAAAGACGAAUUUCAGACCCUCAACAUCGUGACACCCCACAUCCGGCCCGAGGACUGCAGCAUCGGGCUCCUGCCUCGGAACCACGAUAAGAACCGGAGCAUGGAUGUCCUGCCUCUCGACCGCUGCCUGCCCUUUCUCAUCUCGGUGGACGGAGAAUCCAGCAACUACAUCAACGCGGCCCUGAUGGACAGCCACAAGCAGCCCGCGGCCUUCGUGGUCACGCAGCACCCUCUACCCAACACCGUGGCAGACUUCUGGAGGCUGGUGUUCGACUAUAACUGCUCCUCCGUGGUGAUGCUGAAUGAGAUGGACACUGCCCAGCUCUGUAUGCAGUACUGGCCUGAGAAGACCUCCGGGUGCUACGGGCCCAUCCAGGUGGAGUUCGUCUCCGCAGACAUCGACGAGGACAUCAUCCACAGAAUAUUCCGCAUCUGCAACAUGGCUCGGCCUCAGGAUGGGUAUCGUAUAGUCCAGCACCUCCAGUACAUUGGCUGGCCCGCCUACCGGGACACGCCCCCCUCCAAGCGCUCUCUGCUCAAAGUGGUCCGGCGGCUGGAGAAGUGGCAGGAGCAGUACGACGGGCGGGAGGGACGCACCGUGGUCCACUGCCUAAAUGGGGGAGGCCGCAGUGGGACCUUCUGUGCCAUCUGCAGCGUGUGUGAGAUGAUCCAGCAGCAGAACAUCAUUGACGUGUUCCACAUCGUGAAAACACUGCGGAACAACAAGUCCAACAUGGUGGAGACCCUGGAACAGUAUAAAUUCGUAUACGAGGUGGCAUUGGAAUAUUUAAGCUCCUUUUAGCCUGAUGGGAUGGGGAGCCUGCCGGAGUCCAGAGGCUGCUGCAGUCAAACCCCCUUUUCUGUGAAUGGCAGUGACAGGCUAAGAGGCGGCACCUGGCCCAACUCCAAGGAGAAGACUGGUGGUCUCAUGCCUGGGGUGGGCCCUGCACCUUCUGAGGGGCUCCUGGAACUGGGAGAUAGGCUCUGAAAGGCCCAGGCUUCUCCUGCACCCCCACCGAACACAGACACGGACCCACAACAAGGCCCCGGACUUCCCAGUUCCCUGAUCUCUUGCUUCUGUGCUUUCCAAGUGUGUGGACCUCAUGGCAAGCCAGCUGGGGGUGCUGGGAGAUGCAGGCUCACUGUACCUCUGGGCCUGCUUCUCCUUGGGAGUGAGGGGAUUGUCUCCACCUCCACGCUGUGGGCGCAGUGACUGGCCUCUUGGGGUCCCUGCCCUGCUGCCCUCUGCAGUCUCCUUCAGUGACCUGGGGCUGUCCCGAGACCACAGCAGGGGCCCCAUCAUGCCCCCCUGCCUGCACGGAGCUAGCCCUCCAGCAUUCUGUACCCUCCCCAGCCCGGGCCUUGACCCUCUGUCACUCACGCCAGCCUGCUGGGUCCACAGCACUCUUGGAUGAAGGUUUUCUUUGCUUUUUUUGUCCUCGGUGGGAGGGGGUGGAUCUGCAGGGAUGGUGGCUGCUCCUCCUUGUCUGUGACAAGGGACCCCUGCCUGGAGGCAGGGCUCUUGCUGACCCUUGGGUGGCGCCCCCUUUGGGAGAGAUGACAGGAUGAGAUUUGAUUAUUUUCCAAAGCAUAUAUUAAAAGAAACUUUCUUUUGGGGGAUGUAAAAUCUAAGUCUCUUAUGUGAAAAAAAAAAAAGGGAGCGGGGCUGGGAAGGAAGUUUGGAUGUGUAGCUACAGGACCAAUCUCUCAGGCCUGUCAUCAGGCAACAUCCUUAAAGGGUCCCAUCUGGGACGGCCCCGCCACUGACGAGGCAGAGACGGCUAGACAGAGGCCACUCCUCUGGCUUCUGGGCAGCUGAGUCCCCGCUUUCAGCAUAAUCUUCCGAGGAAACCCAGCUGCUAUCCUGACAAAGGCCACUGUGGACCAGUUAUGCUUUGGUUUAAAAUGGGCCGAGGGGGUCAGGCCUGGGAAACUAGGGUCCUGCCCAAGGAUGUGUGAGUCAGUGACAGGGAGCCGGCAUCUGCUAGGCAUCUCCUGUGUGUCCGGGUGAACCACUCCGUGUGCCAUCCUACAAUCUUAGGGACACCCCUACCCCGGGGAGAGCGCGUGCCCUUUCGUUAUCUCCAUGUUACGUGAGGAAGCCGAGGCAUCUUCCUCGGCGGUGAAAUUCUGGGCUCCAGAAAGGCGAAUAAUGGCGAUAACACUUAUUUUCCUUACUUUCUCCAUCCUUUCUCAGCCAAGCAAUUAUUUUAUGGAGGGAAAAUAGGGCCAGAAACUUCUGGGCAGAGAACUACACAAAUGGAAAUUUAAUUCUUUCUUUCUGGUGCCAGUUCUUCUGGGAGGCUCAGAAUUUCAGCUCUAUUUUAGUGCCUCGUUCCUGGCUCCCCAGGAAAAGCUAGUCUCCUGUAAUCAUUCCUUCGCCAGUGAAACCAUUCCCUGUUCCCUCAGGCAAUGCUGUCUGCCAGAGACGCCCUACCUUGUCUCUCGCAGGGGUGUGGGCUCAGGACCUGACAGCCUUGGGGUGGCCUGGGAUGGAGGAAGCUGCAUCAUGGAGGCUGCUCUAGCCUCAGACAGGAGGAAUCAGCAGCUCAGAGUGCACUGGGGAAACGGAACCACGGUGCAGCUCAGGAGCCAUGGAGCAGGGAGCCUGCCUAGGGCUUCCCAGAGGAGGUGACUCCCACCCCAGCUGGGUCUCCACUGCAGGAAAUCCAGGCCAAGAUCAGCAUGGGCAAUGGCAAAGAGGUGUGGGAAGUCCUGGGGUGGGGGCAGUAUGGGGGGAAGGGCAGCCCACCCAGAGGUUAGGAGAGGAGCCAGGGUCAGGGGUGAAUGCUCCGCCAACAGUGCAGCUUCACCCCAUGGGCCACAGGGAGCUCGGGUGAUGCGCUCAGCUCAGUGUUGGGGCAGCCGGCCUCUUCCCCUUCAUCAGACACUGUGAAAACACUCCCUUCGACGUGUACUCUUUACUAUCACAUCUAUUUGUCUGUCUGCUCAUUAUUUUGUCGCUGGAACAAAAUACGCAGGGGAUUGUGAGCUUCUGCUUCUGUGAGAAACAGGGUCUCUGCUCUACCAGGGGGCAGGGUGACCCAGCCAGAGCCCACAGGAGGGAACAUGGGAGGAGCCCGCAGACGCUGCUCCCAGUGGCACGGGCUCGGGAGCUGUCUAGAAGUCCGGGGACUUGAUCAAGGAAGGGCUGUCACUUUGGAGGUUCAAACAGAAACAUCUCAAAGCAAAGGAAGAAAAAGGAGCCCCAGGAAGAACUCACUCUUCUCCUUUCAUGGGCCCUUCCCCGUGAGCUCGAGCGGGUCCCCGGGCCCCAGCCCCCACUGGUUCUGCUGGCCUCGCCUGGCUCCAGUCCACGGCUCCAGCCGGCGCUCCCCCAGCCUUCAAAGAGCCUACAGCCUAGCAAAUCACCCUGUUAUAUGCUCCUUUCUCAGAUCUUGGCUCAUCCAUACAGAAUGAGGGGACUGAGGCUACUAAUACAAAUCCUGAGAUUUAUUCUGCUCAGGAAGGGGUAAAACAGCUGGCAGAUAAAAAAAUGGCAGUGGCUUCUAUCCUUUCAAAUGGUAGGGAUUUAAAAUGUGACUUCAGGCAGAAGGAAAACUAAUAACUCGGGCCACAGUGGGAUAACCAAGGGCCAGUGAUGGUUACCGCCGUUCGUCCCUCAUUUCCUCACAACCCAGCCACCUCCCAAGAUAGCAGGGCAGUGAAUGGGUCUUAGGCCAGUUUACAAAGAAGAAACUGAGGCUGGUGAGUGGAGGUGCCUCCUGAAGACCCCACAUGGCCAGGGCUGGGGUGAAAUGGGGCACCGGUGCCCAAGAAGUUGAGCUUUAUCAAACACUGCUUCCCCCAAGGUACCUUCCUACCCCCCACUUACAGGGGUGACUCACCUUGCUCCAUGCAGAGGAAAACUGUUUGUGGUCUCUGCGUCUCCACAAGUGGGACCAGCUUCUCAUUUCUGGAUACCAAAGGGAGUGCCCUCGCUUAGUGCAGGGCCUCGUGGUUCUCACCUCCUAGCUAUGUACCCUGUUGUGAGAAGAGGAAGGUAUGAAUGAGGAGCCAGGAAGCAUCCCCACCUGUAUAUGUUUAUGAUGUCAGUAGCUUUGUCCAGGUAGAGUCCACACGGUUGCUAAUGCAAGCAAACCUGAGCACACACUGCACAUGAGGGCUUGGGGUCUGGAAGGCUCUUCACUUUACUUAAGCCCACAAUAUUUAUGGGUUCCUAUGACACGCAGGGCCCUCCCUGCAAGGGGUGCUACCAGGAAGCACUGUUACCAUGGUACAGUUCAUCCACUGGUGAGGCAUGGGUUGUGGUAGAAAGAGCUCAGUCUUUAGUUUCCCAGCCCAGCCCAUUUCUCAGUUAUAGAUUGUUGGGUCAACCAGUUAAUAGGAAGAAAUGUGAAAUGAAGAGCCUUGGCCAAUAGAAGAGGUAGAUUUGGAAAGCUACAGAUAGGAAAACAGGAAGGCAAGGCCAGGAAGUUGGGACCUAAAAGGAAUACUCAGAACCAAGGAUGCAUAUGGUCCACUGGAUAAGUGGUCGCUUCUAUGACACGGCAGGCCAGGGUAUGGGCAGGACCAGCCAGAACCACCUAGAGCAAGGAUGUUGCUUUAUGUAAGUCUCGGCAUCUUAGGGCAAAGAUGAUAAUUUUCCCUCUGGCCAAUCAUGUUUGUUCUCACCCGGUCCCCAUUGCUGAGCUAGCUUUUGCUGUAUGCCCUCACCAGGACCCACACUUCCUCAGUUCUGGGUGAAUCUGUUGUGGGCACUGAGGUGUCAGUCUAGUAAGGCUGCUGCAGACAGCAGACGUGAAGGCCAGGGAGGAGCAGCCAGGAGGCACUGCCCAGCCCAGAUCCAGAGCCAUUGAAGGAGAUGGAUAAUUCUGCACCUCAUUGCCUUAGAACAGAAUGAAGAAAGCUGCCCUCCCUUAGCCUGUAAAUGGUCACUCCUGGGCUGGACAGACAGGCCAUCAGCAGCAUGAUGAGGCAGAAGUAAUGCCAUGAAAAACAUGGGUGAUUCCAAGGGUUAAAUGAACAGGAUCCUAAGCCAUGAUGCCAACAGAUUAUAUUGGGCCAACAGACUUAGGAACAAAUGGUCAACCCAAGCUGCAGGGCAGUUCUAAAGAUGAGACAUGAUGGCCAUUUCAUCUCAAAGCCCUGACUUGCCUGCCUCAUCAUCUAACUAGUCUGAGCUCCUUAGCCAAUGAUGCCAGCUCCAAAUCACAGCUGAAUAAAACAGGGAAGCGGGCAAAGUAAGUCCAAUUGGAGGAGACCAGCUGAGAUUCAGCCUUUUCCUUAUUCCCAUUCAAGGGCUCCAUGUUGAAGGUUCUCCCUGUAUCCUCAUCUAGAGGUGAUCAAAUGCAGGGCCUUGGCCUCACCUCCCAGAGACCUGCCUUUGAGGUCACACACUGUCUGAACAUCAGGGAGAGAAGUCAGUAGCAGAGAAUGGAGGGGUUCUAGUCUCCUCUGGCACACAUUUCAGAGUCAGGGACAUGAUCCUGAGAAGCACAGCAGAGAUGUCUAAGUCAUAUUUGCUCAUAUGAGCAAAGAUAGACUUCUGCAUGGCAUUGGCUGGCUAUACAACUGUCUUAUAGAGACCAAGGUCAUCUCUGCGUCACUCCUACCUACCUCCAGAAGAGGCAGGAAAAGGUCAUCAGAGGGGCCACAUUCACCCUCUGAAAGCCACCCAUGAAUGUUAGGUCCCCAGGAUGAGCAGUCAGCACACCCGCAAUGUUAGACCCCAGGCCUGGCAUCCUAGUUAUCUAAGAGGUUGGGGAUACCCUUUGGAACUGAUACAAGGGAUGUGGAAGGACUCAGGAUGGCAGAGGGUCCACAGGGAAGAGCUACUGGAACAUCCUUCUGGAUCUGAGAGUUGCUUUGGGUGGUGAGAAUUGAACCCUGGUCCCUGGUUGGAAUGUUCAGAGAAUGAGGGUCUGGGGACCUUAGAGUGUUGAACAGAAAGGUAUUGGUAUGAAAGACUGGAGCUCAGUGUAAUUAAUGUAAUUUAUGGAUCACUGAUAAGUUAGACCCUUAGAUUUGGGGGGUGGGGGGGAGGAUGUGAUAUAACCUGCUACAAUUGCAAAACUGAAAUACACGUACUUCAGCGCCUUUGAGCUUGCAAGUACAAAUCCGUGGACCUCUCAUAUGAUGGUUCAACAAACUCUCAGUGCCUACCAUGCCCCCAUCUCACCCAUGGAAAAUUAAUGAUAUAAGAUAUUUCUUGGGUCAAAGUGCCCAAAGCUGUAUGGAGGCUCGGAAGGCAAAUUGUUGUCAUCUCAGGUCGAAUCAGUCUUCUGAAGGGUCAGGCACAAUACUAGUGCCCAUAUCCUCCACUGGUCUGUAGAUUGUUAGAAAAUUCAAGCACAGUUUGCUAGUCCCAGGUCGCUCCUGCAAGUGGAACUAGGAUCAAUGGGUGGUACUUAGUAGCUAUAAGGAAGAACUUGCUGUCUGCCAGAGAGGACAGGCUGUCCGUCUCUGCAGCGGUCCAGCAGAAGCCAGGCAUCUCUUUAAAGGGAAGCAGGAACGUUGCUGUACGGGCCUUUAAGUUGCUUCCCCCGAGGAGGGUGAGAGUUUAUGGAGCUGGGAUCACGUUUGAACUCUUUCAUUCCUGCAGAGCACUAGGCCAAGCAGGUUGUGCUUGGUUUAUGCAGGCUGAAGAUCCCUGUUCUCCUACCCGAAUCUCCCCACCAUGCAGGCCCAGAUGCUGCUCUGGCAACAGAUCUAGGGCUCCUCCAGGCUGGUUAUCACCAAAUAGCCCAGAAAGAACAGCUGCUUUUGUAUAGAGCCAAUGCCCAAGAUCCCUGACUAGACCAGCCAUAAGGUGAACAAGGCUGUCAGUGGGAGCCAGAACCAGUCAAGGUCCAAGCAGGACCCAGCACAGGAUUUUGCUUACCACAUACAUUAUCUCCAGAGGUUAAUUCUAUCCCCACGCCCCACUCCCCACGCCAGGCCUGUUGGAGCAGACUGCAAAGCAAAAGCACAGUGACUGUUGAUACACGAUUAUAACCAUCCCUGCUAUUCCCCAUCUCAUUGCCAGGUGGACCCUGGGCUAGACCAGACUAAUCCAGGCUAACCUAUAUUGGCAAUCAGACUCAAAGCACUUUUCUACCUUCUCUUUCCACCCUAUAUCCUACUACCCAAUGAAAGGCAAAGGGUCAGGCUUCUUCUACCAUUGCCUUGACUACUGGAUACCAUCAUAGCCCUCUCGGAGCAUCAUGGGGUUCUCAACUCCAUGGAGACUGGCAUUUUCACAUGCACUGGGCACAUGCCACUGCGUGAGACUGAAGUCUCCACAGUGUUAUCAGCCUCCUCCGUGAACCCCGAUGGCCUGCACUUGUACAGUUUGGGUGUUUGAUAAAUAAAGCACGUAUGAGAAGAGAAAACAAAAUAAAUCAACUUUUUUAAAAGCCAGCACUGUGCUGUCAGUGUUCUUUUUUUUUCCUUUUUCUUUCCAAUUCUAGCUUAAAAAAGCAGAAGUAAAUAAUGUCAGGUCAAUGAAUAUCAGAUAUAUUUUUUGACGUACAUUACAGUGAAGUGUAAUCUUUUUACACCUGCAAGUCCAUCUUAUUUAUUCUUGUAAAUGUUCCCUGACAAUGUUUGUAAUAUGGCUGUGUUGAAAAUCUAUACAAUAAAGCUGUGAC